UAUACAUUAGUUGUUGUUUUAUCGAACUCAAUACUGGAUUUCAUUUUUUUUUUUCUCGUAACAUCAUUGCAUGUUAUAUUACUUCGUGUCAUUACAGGAGGAAAACACAACUAUUACAUUCACAAAUGUAAUAACUUACGCCAAGCCGGGCUCGGAAGAUGGUACAGAGAUCACCCGUGAAUAUCACAUGCAGGUUCGGGUUGAAUGUUGCCUCGAGAAAGAGGCAAUCAUCAGUGGAUCCUUCAGACCACAGCUUGGUGAGGUGUCCUUCAGCGACAAGGGCUCUGGUGAGUUCAGCCUGAGACUGGAAAGGUUCCAGACAGGUGCUUUUGGUGAUCUGGAAGUGGACACCGCCUCUGCUGUCUUGCAAGAAGAUGACCUCUUCUUUGCUGUGGGACUUGAGUCGGUACAAGACGUUGGCAUGUUUAUUGAUCGCUGCUGGGCGACAACCAAGCAAGACUCGGAUACCGAUCCACAGCACUCUCUAAUUUCUUCAGGUUGCCCAGAGGAUGACACAGUUGCUAUCAAUCGUAGCCUUGGAUUGCAUCGAGAAGGCUUUUCUUUUGAAGCAUUUGCCUUUGUUGGAGAUUACACUGAGGUGUACAUUCACUGUUCAGUGAAGGUCUGUGGUGCCGCGAAGGCUCAAUCGUUUCGAGACGCAGGAUGCCCCUCAGAAUCUCCACCUCCCGACCGCAAACGUCGAUCUUGGUCCGUUAUGUCCACUCAGACCAUCAGUAAUGGUCCGAUCCACAUCCGUCGCUCAACCAGCGAUAUGGCUACUAAUGAUUUGUCUGCUUACAACCCAUUUGCGAUGCUCCUCAUUGGAAUGAUAGCAACACUGGUUGUCGUGGGAAUCAUGAUAGGUGUAGUCAAGCUUGUUCGUAACUCGACUGUAAUCAACUACCAGCGACUAGUUCCUAUUGGAUCCAUGCAAGAAAUUGAGUAAAACCACGUGCUCCAGAAAGGGCCGUAGACUGAUGGACAAUUUUCUCCAACUCUAUCGAUAAUUAAUUUGAUUCCGAAACAGGACAUCCCACAAAGUCGCACAACCAAGGCCCCUUACUACACUCCUCAAAAGAAAAACGAGAGGGACACUCUCUAUUGUUAAAUUUGUUCAUAUAACCUGUCAAUAAAAUAAAAUACAUAAUACAACUUUGUCUAGAAUAUGGCGUCCCCCGAGUCUCUGUGAUCGGCCCUCAAUGCUUAAACAUGUACGUUCAGCCAGUGGUAGAUACCUUUGAUAAAGUUUCACCACUAUCCCCCUUCCCCCACCCCAAAUGAGCGAAAUUUCGGUCGGCGCGAUUU